CCUGUUACCAGAGUCUCACAGUCCUCACUCAUAGUCCUCACUCACAGUACUCAGACAAAAAUGAAACUGACGUUGGUAGUGGCUGUGCUGGUGGCCGGGGCUCUGGCCGACAUGAAGCCCGUGGGUAUUGUGCACAUCGAGCAGCAUCACCCAGACGCGAACGGCGCUCACAGCUUCGACUUCGAGGCCGAGAACGGCAUCAAGAUGCACGUGUCCGGUAAUCUGGGCGAGAAUGGCGGAGAAAACAGCAUCGGCCACUGGAGCUACCCCUUGGAGGACGGUAGUAUUGCUUUCCUCAAGUUCGUGGCUGACGAGAACGGCUACCAGCCCGAGUCCGACCUGCUGCCCGUGGCCCCGGAGUUCCCCCACCCCAUCCCCCAGUUCGUCCUCGACCAGAUCGCCUUCGCCGAGGCCGAGAGGGAACGCAAGGCACGCGAAGGUCACACUUCAGCAGAGUAAACACUCCACAAGACCCAGUGUGUGUGUCCUGUUUGACAUGACCACCUUGAUGACCCUACAGCUUACCUGAGGAAGACUGACCGCAUCUGUAUAAAGUCCAUAUAAACAUUUAACUGUCGUAAUUAUUUAUAUACAAUGUAUGUCACUCUAUAUACAUCAUAUAUGUAAUUUAUUUCCUGUCUUUACUUUUGUAAAAACUUUCCCCAAAAAAUAAAAGUAAAGAAAUCCA